UCAAAAACCUUUUCCCUGCACUGCGAUUCACAUUUUUGACCAAGAGUUUGGCUUUUCGCUUAGCGCUUCAGAUACCUUCGGCCCACAGCGCUUGGUAUACCCAAGACGACAAGACGACAAACGUCGUCUCGCCCCGGUGGCAACCUUCUCCAAAGUUUGAACUCGGUAGCACCCCGGCCCUGACAGCCAUGCUGAGCACCUUCUUGGACCACUUUGUGCCCAAGGGGAACUCUAAUGGAGAGCAGCGCACUCCUUUGCAGGACAAGGCGGAAGGCUCUGUCGACCAGCUUAACAUGUCGCUCGAUGAUGCCGAGCAAGUCUCUCCGCAAAAUGACCAGUCAACUCGACUAUCUCAGGCACACGAAGUCGAAAGGCACGGCCACGACCCAAUCCCUGGUCAUGAGAAUGACACUCACCAGCUCGAAGUUACAUUCGCCGCAACGACAGCAGAGCCGGAAUCGCUGCCAACAGCUCCCAUGUCAUCUACUCGCAUUUUUGCCCAUAUGCAUUUCAAUUUGAGAGCACUAUCGGAUGCAGAUUCACGAACAGAUCUCAUCAACGCCAUAACAUUAUACGGUGGAAAUACAGAUAAAUCGGACAAGCUAUCAAGCGAGACAACCCAUAUAUUGUUGGAGUCAACCACUGACAUUACCAGUGUCCUUCUCGAUACCCAUGACGACGAAAAUAUGGCUCUUACAGAGUUGAUUCAAGAAGCACUAUUGCGUGGCAUUCCUGUCAUCACGGAUACUUAUAUUUGGCAGUGCAUUUUGAGUAAAGACGUUCUGGACCCCGAGUCAUUUGAAGUUGUUCGGCUUGAUAAAGAUGGCCAAUUCAUUAUCACCAAGGGUCGGCCUAAUUUGCGACGGUCCGCCAGCGAGCCUACUGCAGGAACAGAAAAUGUUGAUCGGCCGAUGAAACCGCAAGCCAGGCCCGAACUCCGAACGGCACUGCGGCCCACUAUCAAGAGAUUUCACUCAUAUCACCCGAACGGUAAUCGGCGACCUGUAACGUCGAGUAGUGAGGAAGACGAAGUUAUUAUACCAUCGCGGCGUGGAUCUGCAAUAUCACCAGGCCCUAGAAUUGACAUUAAAUUUGACCCUGGGUCUCCGCAAUCUUCAGGUGAUACACUCGACGUAGGCCCGACUCGGCAACGACGUCCCUCCAGUAGUGACGCUCCAGGUACCCCAAAGCAAGGCCGAGUGUACAUAUAUUCUUCCCCCAAAGCAGAUAAACCCAAGUUCCUAAAUGUUCUGCUGAAUGGAAAGAAGGGCGUCGCAAACUCAGGGAGCGAUUCAGGGAGCGAACUCGUUGCCAAAAGCUCGCUUGCGAUGCCGCGGAAGCUCCCAAAGCCAUCGAGUCGCAAACGCCCUCACGUAAAUAAUUCUUUUCAUAAGGAAAAUUACGUGGUCAGUCGAGAUCGGGCAAACCGGAGCAGCGAAGAUGACGGUGACAGUGUUCAUGUCUCUCUGCAGAGAGGAAACGGAGAGCAAGUGAAUCUGCGUGGGAAGGGACCUGAAGAGCGACGAAGGGACCGUUUAACCAAGGGCGGAUCACCGUCCCGUAAUCAAACACCUCCUCCUAUUUCACCAAGACCGAUUCUUGAGCGGCACAAUACCCCACUGCAGCGACGGAACAGUGGUACAAGGGGGGUAGAUGUAUCUGUUCUACCGGGAAACAAAGAACGCGCACAAUGGCAGACGAUGCUGGCAUCAGUUCUGACUGGCGAAGUUAUCCGCUCAGAAAAACGACGGAUUACCGGUACCCUAACUCAGAAGCAGCAAUUGGAUCAGCAAUACCAAAUCUGGUUGGGAAUUCGGGCGUACUUGCGGGGACGAUCUGUCCCAGAGGAGCGUCAGCGUAUUGAUGAACGACGGGUGGAUGCCGAGGCGACUAUCGAUGAAGUCCUACGUUUUGAAGUCCAGGCGACGUCGGAAAAAUCGCCGUACGAUCAGGUCGUUGAGAUCCUCAACAGGGUUGACAAAAUGGAAUCUCUAUAUCCUACCCGCAAGGCCCUAAUUCUUGAUAAACCACUGUACGCGGGGUUACCUUUCCAGCAUAAAGUGGAAGCGUUAAAUUCAUGGCUCACCAUCAGCAACUCACUGAGAUUGCAGCUUCAAGUGCUCAAAAACUGGACCGGAAGUGAAGAUUUGCUGACAUCCCGUUCGCAGCACCCUUUGUCUCCUGAUAAGCGUAUCGACACUUCCUUUAUUGAACGUAUUCUGAAGGAAAGCGGCGUCAAACGUACUUUCCUCGAGAUUCGAAUCAUGUCCGUUUUGCGCGGUCUAUUGGCCAAGUGCAAAGCAAGUAUGAUCGAGAACGCCUCUGCUUUUAAAAAGAUGCAGCUGCCAACAUAUAUCAACGAACUGCAACAACUUGCGAGUUUUCCUUCUAAUUUGAUGGAGGAGAUCUUGAAAGUGCGAUUGGAGUAUACCGAAAAGCUGGCCACGCACAGUGGAGUUAUGUUGGACCAAAUCAUUGAGGACUUUGGUGUUUCAUUGAGCUUGGCGAUCAGGAUCAAGCAUGAAUGUCAAGAGCUGGAUACCCAGGCGGAGGGAUGGAGUAUCGCAAAUAGCUUGAGUCCUUCUUAUGACGUGAUCUUGCUCAAAAGUUUGAAGUACUACUUCACCCUUUUGAACUGGCGGCUAAAAUCAUCCACCGACACCGUUUUCUUCAAGGAAGCUGAGCUAUUGGAAAAUGAGUGGAAUUUCAUGUCAGCGAUCUGCUUCUACAUUGAUGGUGGAGAUGUGGAAACCGCAGUGCAGUUCUGCGAACUCGAGGCCGAACUCUUGGGGAAAGUACUGAUUUACCUGGAUAAUGCUUUGAGAGGGGUUGGAGAUGGGCAGAAUGGGGAAGCAACAAACGCUCAGCUGACUAGUAGCGGAAUGGUCAGAUGGUAUGCGCGGAUGCUGGACAACGUAAGGAGCCGAGCACGAAAGCUGUUGCGAUUUCAAAAAACACUCACUAAGGAGUUUGAAAACUCAGCAGAAUAUACUGUGUCGGAUCCCUAUCCUGUUCUAAUGCGAAACCUGUUAGCCACCGGACAUGCCCUAGUUCGUACCGACACCUACGCGAAUCAAGGUGUUUAUAUUUUCGCCAGUCCGUCCCUCAACAACCGACCAGAAUGUGUCGCAAAACUCUUAAAGGCCACUUUCGCCAAGUACGACAAUUUUCAGGAUUCAAUUGGAGAUGGUUAUAUCCUUUUGUUUGCCCCCAAGGAUCGUCUUCGAACGGCGGGAAUGAGUUGGCAAGGCCGCUCGAUGCAAGUCCGCCUCGGCAAAGGAGCAGGACCCAUACAGCUGAAGUCGGAACGUGUGCGGCUGAUUGCCGACAACAAUGAACGAUUGGGGGUCUGCAAGGCCAUUUUCGAGGGAACCAUAAGCUGUGAUGUUACUGUGGUAAAACCUCACCGUGCUCAUGUGGAGUCUGUCCAUGAGGCAUUGAAGGCGGUGAAAUCAAAGCUGGUGGAGCUAAGCGAAGGUAUCAUUGGAAGCGUGGCAAAAGUCAGAGUGGUCCUCAGCAGAGUGACUGCAGGAGGUGGUUCUCCAGGCGUCAUUGGCGGGAUUAUCGCUAGUGGGCAGCAUGGCGGAUCGUCACCUACAACACUCGCACCCCCAGGGCAAAAUGUCGAAGCCGUGAUAAGUGCAGCAGAUCUUGUUGAGGACAUGUUCAGUUUUGCAUCAGACUUUGGUUGGCGCUCAUUAAAGUACAUUGGCAACGGUAAAAAGCACCGAACGAUGAUGAAGCGGUUGGUGGGACUUGCCGUUGAGUGGGUUGAUUUCUGUGCGGCAGAUUGCUGUGUUGGAGCGUGUCCGCCUACAAUGCAGCAAAAGGCGUUCAAAUGGAGUCUGAUGGCCCUUGAGUUUGCGAUGACUGCCACUAGUGGAGGUCGAGUUUACGUCUUAAGUGAUGGGGAUUUCGGGGAAUUACGAAUGGGCGUGGCCAGGUGCAUGAGGGUACUGAUCCGAGGUUUCGAGCAAGGAGGGGGAACGGGUGUCUUGAACGUGGAGGACGUGCUGGGCGCUGUUUUAGCCGGUGGUGGUGGAAUUGACAGAAGCAAACUUCAGUUGCCAGUACCCUCAGAUCCCGCAUCGUCUGUUUCCCCGGGAGCCAAAACCGGAGAAGAUCCCAGUGCGCCAGUUCAGGGACAACGGCCGGAGAUCUCCGCUCUACGCAAUGCUUCGGACACUGACAGCGACCACGAUGAACCUAAAACCGGUAACGAGAAUGAAUCCAAAGAGAAUGGGGAGGCGGCGCCUGCAAAGACGACCGAGAAGGUGGAUGUACCACCGAAGAUCAAUGAACCCACCGACGGAUUACCAUCAGCACCUCAACCUGCUGCACAAGAUAUGCAAAGCAAAGAGGCCCCGCGGUCCGAUACAAAACCUGCGAGCUCACCAGAGCCAUCCGCACCGGCACCAGCGUCAUCUAAUAAUACCCGAUCUUCUCAUGGUGCUUAUCAUGGGGACACGUUCCUUCAACGGAAGCAGAAAGCCUGGCUGGCGAGAAUUGAAAAACUCGAGGAAGAAAGAAUGGCUCGUCAGCAAGGUAGUCGUGUUGUAGGCAAAGUUUUGGAUUCGAGGAACGUGGUGGAUCGGAAUAUCAGUUUCUUGGCUAGUACAAGCAGCAGCAUUAGUUUGCGGUGGCAACAAGGGAAGUUCUUGGGUGGGGGGAGCUUUGGUUCGGUAAGUAUUGGAUGAGCGUUGUUGAUGCACGAAUUUGAACGCUAUCUAAGCAAUUUUACAUGCUUUAGGUGUACAUGGCUAUCAAUCUCGAAACUGCCGACCUGAUGGCUGUGAAAGAGAUCCGCUUCUCAGACGUUACAUCCCUCGAAUCUCUCCAACGUUCCAUUAAAGACGAGAUGACGGUACUCCAGCUUCUACACCAUCCUAAUAUCAUUGAAUAUUAUGGCGUGGAAGUCCACCGAGAUAAACUAUAUAUCUUCAUGGAGUAUUGCCCCUAUUCAGUGGCAAGCUUGCUUGAACACGGUGGACGGUUCGAGGAUGAACAGGUUGUAAAGGUCUAUGCCAAGCAGAUGUUAAGGGGUUUGGAGUAUUUGCAUGGAAAGGGCAUCGUUCAUCGAGACGUAAAGCCGGCAAACACCCUCUUGGGACAGGAAGGACACAUAAAGUUUGUGGAUUUUGGAGCUUCAAAGAUUUACAAAGCGCAAAAGACGGUCGUUGUGAAUGGUGAAGCAAACACCCUUGUUGGAACUCCGCAUUACAUUGCUCCUGAGGUCAUUACGGGUGAAAGCUUGGGAAGACAUGGAGCUCAGGAUAUCUGGAGUAUGGGUUGCUGUGUGCUGGAAAUGAUCACGGGCCGGAAACCCUGGAGUGGACUCGAUAACGAGUGGGCAGUGAUGUAUCACAUUGGAAUGUCCAACCGGAUUCCACCUCUUCCAGAUGCGUCUCAACUUAGCCCCGAAGGCAUUGACUUCCUCCGACAAUGCUUCACUCGUCCAGCACAAGAGCGGCCAACAGCCAAGGAGCUCUUAGUGCAUCCUUGGGUAAAAGAUGUCGAUGAGAACAAUCUGGAGGCCGCAUCUGCGUUGUUGGAUCCUUACAAGGAGGCUGCGGAGAAUGCGAGAGCGAGGGCGGCAUUAGCCCAAGGGAAUCGGCAGUACGAAGGGAGUGAAGAUCUGGGAGCUGGAAAUGCAAGAGGGAAGGGUAGUGGAUUGGGAGGUUUAGGCGAGCUGCCACAAAAUGCGCCCGUGUUCUACUCUGCAAGGAGUCCAGCUAGUGAGAGCGGGCCAUGGACGGGGACGAACAGCACGGUGACACUGUCGGAUGGAUCCAGGUCGUCGGCGAGCGACAGUACAACUAGUGGUGCGAAUACCACCUCGGAUAGUUAUUUCCCCGCUACGACAAGGGUCAUGGGGGUUCCCAAGGCGUAUCCUGGGGAAAAUGGGGAUGCAUCAGGGCCGCCGCCUACAGCUACCACUCCGAUGGAUGAAUUCCCGCCCGUUAUCGGAGGUGAUCCGAGUGACCCUACGCAAGUAGCCAUGACAAACGAAGGAGGGGUGGGCAAGAACACAACUACCCGGUCAACUGCAUCCUCAGUAGGACCAGUAGUGAUGUCAACGAGCAUGGCCCAAUCUCCCUUACCCCCCAAGUCUAACCCACCAGCACCGACGUCGGCUCCCAAAGAAGAUGAUACGGGUGAUGAAUCUGCGGUGGUAAAAGCUGUUCGUGACGGAGUGGAACCCAGCGACUAUCCCAGUCCUGGUGUAGGGUCAAGUUUGGAUGGAGAAUUGGCAUGGCGAGGGGCAUUGAUGAGGGCCGUCGCUGUCGCGGGCGGUGCGGGGGUUGUGGUUACUCCAAAAGCCGGAGAUGAAGGGGAAUCAAAGUCAUAGGACACGUUUUUUUUUUUUUUUUUUUUGGUGAUGGAAUUUUUGACUAAUCUGUUGGGGGUUUUUUGUUUGAAUUAUGCUGACGGGGAUGA